AUGGCCGACCGCCAGUCCUCGGAAAAGACCCCGGCGCGGCUCGCGCAGCGCGGCCUCGCGCGGCGCACGCUCGUCGUCGGCGGGCUCGCCGUCGACGUCUACAACCACAGCCACCCCCCAGCGGCGGCGGUGGCGGAGAGGGAGGUCGCGGUCGCGUUCCUGCUGCACGGGCGGAACGGGAGCGCGCGGCGGAUGGAGGAGUUCGUGGUGGGCAUCGUCGAGGAGGUGCAGCGGCUGCGGCUGCGGGAGGGCGGGGGCUUGGACUUGUUCGUCGUCGCUUUUGACCACAGGAACCACGGCCGGCGGCUCGUGGACGCGCGGGCGAACAUGGGGUGGUCGGAGGACGCGGAGAAGGACAACCCGCGGCACGCGAUCGACAUGUACUCUAUCCUCACGGGGACCGCGGCGGACGUGUCGUACCUCAUCGACUUCCUGCCCGCGUACCUCUUCCCGCACGGCGAGCGCGCCGUCGCGCGCUGGAUGUGCGUCGGCAAGAGCCUCGGCGGGCACUCGGCCUGGCAUGUGCUCAAGAACGACCCGCGCGUCCGGAUCGGCGUGCCCGUAAUCGGCUGCCCGGACUACCUCGCGCUCGUCACGAAGCGCGCCAAGGCGCACAAGCUCGCGCUCGCGCCGCCGCAGCUCCCCGCGUCGCUGCGGGCGCGCAUCGCGGCGGACGACCCCGCCGCGGCGCCGUACGCGGCGGCGGGGCCGGAGAACCCGUUCCUCGGCAAGAAGAUCCUCGUGCUCGCGGGGAAGGAGGACAGGGUCGUGCCGUGGAGCGCGGGGCGGGCCGUCGUCGAGGCGCUGUGCGUGGGCGAGGGGGGCGUGAAGGAGGUGCUGGUCGAGGAGGGGGUCGGGCACGAGUUUUCGGAGAGGAUGGUCAGGGAGGCGGCGCGGUUCUUGUGGGAGCAUGGGCUCAAGGCGGGCGAGCGCGGGUGA